CGAGCUCUAGCAGUUCCGCAGCCGUUCAGCAGUCAACCGAAAUCACCUGGCCAGCCGCCCACACAAUGCUGCCUCUCUUGCUGAUCCUCUCAGUCCUGGGCCGGCUAACUUCUGCAAACUACAAUUCUGAAACAUCACUUCUACAAAUAACAAUACCACAGAAGAUUCAGACCAACAGGACUGAUGGCGAUGAAUCAGAAAUGCAUGUUACGUAUGCCAUCAAAUUUGACAGAAAAAUAUAUACUAUCCAUCUUGAAAAACAGUCAUUUUUAGACUCUCAUUUUCUUGUGUAUUUAUACAACAAAUCAGGAAUAUUAUAUACACAGUCUCCAUUUGUGAAGGGUCACUGCUUUUAUCAAGGAUAUGUUGCAGAGAUUCGAGAAUCAGUUGUGACCCUUAGCAUCUGUUCGGGACUUAGGGGAUUAUUGCAGUUGGAGAAUGUCAGUUAUGGAAUUGAACCAUUGGAAUUUGCAACUACAUAUGAGCAUAUGCUUUAUCAAAUAAAUAAUAAAAUUGAUUUCCCUUACUUAAAAGAAAAUUACCCUAGGGCUGAGUUGGCAGAUGAGCCCUAUAGAAUUUUUGUAAAAUCAGAAAAACAUUCAGAUGUUGCAUUACUGAAAAGAAUUCUGAAAAUACAAGUCAUUAUGGAUAAAGCCUUGUAUGAUUAUAUGGGUGCUGAAGUGGCAGUUGCAACUGAGAAAAUUACUCAUAUCUUUAGUAUUAUCAACAGCAUGUUUUCCCAGCUUAAUGUGACUGUUAUGCUGUCUUCCUUGGAGAUCUGGUCUGAUAAAAAUAAGAUUUCAUCUGAUGGGCCUGCUGAUGAAGUGCUACAAAGAUUUGUGUCAUGGAAAGAAAAAGUUUUGUUUCAAAAGCCCAAUCAUAUGGCAUACUUAUUAAUUUAUAGGGACCAUCUUAAUCAUGUGGGAACAAUUUAUCAUGGAAAAGUGUGUGAUCCAAAGUUUGCAGCAGGAAUUGCUCUGUACCCAAAGAUGGUAACUUCAGAGGCAUUUUCGGUUGUUAUGGCACAGUUGCUUGGAAUCAGUUUGGGCUUAACAUAUGAUGACAUCUAUAAUUGUCACUGUCCAGGAAGUAUAUGCAUAAUGAAUCCUGAGGCAAUACAUUCCCAUGGAGUAAAGUUUUUUAGCAGUUGCAGCAUGGAUGAAUUUAAACAUGUAAUUUCACAACCUGAAUUUGAGUGUCUUCAGAAGCAAACUGUUUCAACAGCGGUUUUCCAAAGAAAAAUAGCAGUUUGUGGAAAUGGAGUUUUGGAACCACCAGAGGAAUGUGACUGUGGCACAGCAGAGAGUUGCAAUCAUAAAAAAUGCUGUCAACCUGAGGAUUGUAGUCUAAUUAGGUCAGCAGAGUGUGGCAGUGGACCAUGCUGUGAUAACAAGACUUGUCUGGUAGCCCCAAAAGGACGUGUAUGUAGGAAAAGCACAAAUCCAUGUGAUUUCACAGAAUAUUGCAAUGGACAAUCUGAGUUUUGUGUAGCUGAUAUGAAAUCUUUAGAUUUAGAACCAUGUGGAAAUGAAAGUGCCUAUUGCUAUGGUGGAGUAUGCAGAGACCGAGAUACACAAUGUGUAGAGUUAUUUGGAAAAUUUGCCAAGGAGUCUUCUGCUCUAUGCACACAAGAGGUGAAUUUUCUAAGUGAUGGCUUUGGAUAUUGUAUUCCAGAGAAAGCAUGUGAUUUUACGUCAAUUUUAUGUGGAAAAUUAACUUGUCACUGGACACAUGCUCAGAUAACACAAUCAGAACUUUAUGAUGUUCAGUAUACUUACCUUGGUGGUCAGAUAUGUAUGUCUGCAAGAACAAGAGAGAAAAUCGCAGCUGGCAAGAGAGAUAAAACCUUUCCAGCAGAUGGCACUAUGUGUGGGUAUAAUCGGUAUUGUUUAAGAAGAGCAUGUAAAUCUGUCACUGCCAAUGUACAUUGUGACUCAAGGAAAAACUGCAGUGGACAUGGGAUUUGUAAUACUCUCCAUAACUGUCACUGUGAUGCUGGAUAUGCUCCUCCACAAUGCAAACCAUCACCAGGAUCACCAGGAGGAAGUAUCAAUGAUGGAUUUUGGCUUAUAGCAUCUAAAAAUACAGAUUUGUUUGUAAAACAACGUGCUCCUCCUCAAAAACAUGGACUCUUGAUCAGUUUCUACAUUUUUAUACCUUUUCUCAUUUUAACUGCUAUUAUAGUUCUAAAAUGGCACAAAAUAAAGAGAUGUUGGAAAAGAGAGGGAACAGUAAGUGAUGGAUCUAUACCAGAAGAUAGCAGUAGUAACAGUAGUCAAUGAUUGGAUUAAGUUACUAAACAACAAUAUCGAAAAGCCUUAGCUUUUAGGAAGUGUGUUACCAGGAAACUCAUCAUUAACUGGCUGGCCUGAUGAAGGAAUGAAAAAAUCCUGCUUUACUCUCCUUUUGCUAAGGUUUAAAGCUUUCAGUUUCACAAAUCAAAAUAAAUCCUGUGAGUGAAAGUACGUAGGCUUAUG